AUGCCGCGUGCUGUCAAAGGUACUACUUUCCCGGGGGCCAUUCUCCGAUCUCCACCCUCUGGAACUAACCCGCUGGUAGGCGUGCUGAUCGAGUGCGACCCUUCCGUCAAGGCCAUCAUCCUCAAGUACGAUGAAGAACGGCACGACUACAUUGUGGAGGACUUGGACGACGACAGGCACCUGGUGAUUAAGGAGAGCCAGCUGCAGAAUUUGAAGCUGCGGCUGAGCCAAGAGCUGGAUGAGAAGGUUAUGCAACCCGAGGAAUCCGAGUCCGAGUGA